AUGGCCGCUUCUCCGGACUCUCUUGGCUCAGUCUCCCGCGAUGAGUCGCCGGCAUCGAUAUCCUCGCCCGCAGACAGUACUUUCAGCCGCGUCGGUUCGCCCGGUGGGACAAUGUCUCCAGCAAGCAGCAUGUUCAGUCUGGAAGAUACAUCCCAACAGGGAAAGUACAGAGCACCAGGUCGCAUCGGAGAYAGCAAUCUCAAGCUCUUUCAAGAUCCCCGGGCACAUCCCAAACUGGUAGAAACCUUUCGAGCCUUUGGAAUGGAUGGCAGCCAACCUGAUCCAUUUGCCAAGAUGAAACCAGAGGAUCUCUCAUCCACGGGUCAAAUGGCGCAGAAUCAUGUGGAUACUGCCACAAUGUAUGAGAUGCUACCGAAUGACUUGCCAGAGGACGAAGACGAACCCGAGGUCAAGAGGUCUACCAUCAAAUUCACCUCAUUCGAUGGGGCGGAGAGAAAGCUGUAUGUCUUUCGACCUGCAAAUGCGGAAGGACCUUUGCCUGCUGUAGYGUAUACGGCAUCCGCGGUAACCAUUCUGGAAACCGCAAAUAAGGUACACUUUCGAUGGUGCACGUCCCUCGCCCUUCACGGCCUUACAGUAAUCGCCGUCGACUUCCGAAGUGCCUGGGAAAAAGGUCGCCACAACCCUUUCCCAAUCGGACUCAACGACUGUUCCUCCGCUCUCGAAUACAUUGACUCCCAUAAAGAAGACCUCGGAAUCGAUAAAAUUGUGCUUCAAGGAGAAAGCGGCGGCGCCAACCUCGCUUUGGCCACGGCGAUCAAAGCAAAGAAAGAAGGCUGGAUCGAGAAAAUCUCUGGCGUGUAUGCCAUAUCCCCCUGGAUCAGUAACGCCUACGGCUGGAGCGAUGAAAAGAAACUCGAAGAGCUACCCAGUCUUUUCGAAUGUGAGGGUUACUGGUUAUACACUUCCAUGCUCGCCGGCAUGGGAACCUGGUACUCUGGAGAAGACGACCAAAACCCUCUCGCAUGGCCCUACCAUGCGAACGUGGAGGACUGCGUUGGUUUACCACCUCACAUUUUGACGAUGGAUGAGCUCUGUCCGCUCCGAGAUGAGGGAAUGGCAUACUACAGGAAACUCCUGGCUGCGGGCGUGCAGGUCAAUGCUUCUGUCAAUUUGGGAGUGGUUCAUGGCUCUGGACUUAUUUUCAGGAGGUUGUUGCCCGAGAUUCACAACAAGGCUGUCCAGGAGAUUGCCUCUUUUGUGAAGGGUCUAUGA